AUGAGUGAACAAUUCAAAUUCAACAGAGCUGAAAGUGACAGUAAGAUCAUCGAAGUCUUAGGGAUCGCCAAUGACCAUCCUCAAUUGAACUCCCAACAAUUCGGAGAAUCCUUAUUGAAGACUAUCAAAAAGGAUACUAACAAACAUGAGAUUUACUAUUUAGAACACAAAUCUACCAAGGAAAUUGUUUGUUGUGUUGAACUUAUUUACAACAAAGGGUUCUAUAAAGAUGUGGAUAAAGGAGCUAUUACUUCUACUCCCGACCCGGACUUGUUUGGGGUUAAACAUGUAACUGUUUUACAAAUUGCUAGGUUAUUAACAGCCCCCAAAUUUGAUUCAUUAGGUAUGUCCAAUAAAUUGAUCACUCAAGUUGUUGAAUAUGUUGAGGGACAACUUAUCAAGGACACCAUCGCUUCAUCCAAAGAUAAGAAAGGAGGGUUUGCUGAAAUGGUGGUAAAUGAUCAAGGGAAUAUCGAUACCAAAUUGGCUCAUUAUUACCUUUCCAAACAAUAUUUCUGGAUCAUUUAUUCGGCCAAAGGUAAUUAUUAUGAAAGAUUUGGUUUCAAGGCUUUCCCUGUAGAGAUGUUUAAGAUCCCAACCUCAAUUGCUAACCAUCAAAAAGAUCUCAUUGAAACCUUGAUGACUAAAGGAUCUCACACAGAUCCUAAUGCUGUGGGUAAAAAGUUAAGAUUAUUGGAUUUUACCAAACUUCAAGACAGAGACUUGAUCUCUUUUAUGUUACAAGGGAAAGAAUUGGAAAUUUUAACCGAAUUGAACAAACUGAUCUUCCACUCAGAAUUAUCUAAUGGUAGAAAAUCUAGUUCUUCUUUAACAAAUGUAUCAACCUUAUUGAGUAUGGCCAAACUUAAUUCCAAUACCGAAUUAUCAGGACUUAAGAAUUCAACAAGCGGUGCUUCAGGCAGAAGAGCUUCCUCCAUUUCCCAGACCUCAGUGCCUAAAUUUGCUGUCAAGCCUGAUAUCAACUACUUAACUGUUCAUAAACAUUUACAACAAGAAUUCAAUCAAGAAUUGAAAUUAGAUGAAGAAACUGUUAAAUAUAACAACAUCGAAGGAGCUAUCUUCACUAAUGAUAUGCAACAAAAAUCAUACUACAUUUUGUGGACAAUCAUCAAAACCAAUUUGGUAGUUAUUGGAGUAGGAGAAAUGCAAUUCGAUUUAUUUGGUGCCGUAGGUAACCCUGGUGGACUUAUGGGUGGUGUUAGACGUAGAGGUUCUUCAUUUACUGGUAUUAAUGAAUUAGGAGGUUUCAACUUCCAAGAUUUGGAUAUCUUAUUCUCCAUUGCUUGUGAUAUCGGAACAAAGACUUCAGUGAAAGACAAGUCUUCUAUUUAUGUAACUGUCAAUGACUUGCCAAAUGCCAUUCCUUUACCUAUGUUGAAUGAUUACUUUUUGCAUUACUUACCUAAAACCUUCAACUCUGGUGGUGAAUCAGCAGACAAGGUUGAAGUUUUAGCCCAUGGAACAGAAAAAUUAGGUAUCCUUCCAAUGGUUAAAAUGUUUGGUUCAGAGUCUAGUGAUUUUGAAUUGGAUUGGGUUGGAAAUGGUAUGUGGUCUUGGUUAUAA